CUGUACCGUUGUUUUGUUCUGGAAAUCGAAAAACUGGGAGUUUUUAAGCUUUUCCAAUAAAUUUCGUGAAUUUCUGAAAUUUCGUGAUAAAAAUAAAGGUGUUAAGAGCAUAUUCAAGGGCCAGAAAGCCGGGUUCAAUAGCCGUACUGAGGAAAAUCCUCACUGAAGAAGGAGAAGAAGAAGCAGUAAAAGAAGAAGAAGACCGCCAUACUCUUAUAAAAACAAAGUCGCCCAAGUCGUAAUUUCAUCAUCGAAAAGCAAAGUUCGUGAAGAAUAUCAGCGAAUCGAAGUGCUGUGCUACUGAUUUGUGGAUAAAUUACGGAUUAGCGUCGAUUGAGUGCGCCAUGGCCACGUCAUUUGCAAAUUUCUCCUUCGAGCGAUUAACGCAGCAGAUGGGAGCAAAAUUGGAUCCGAGGCUUCGCGAGCAUCUGUCGAAGGUUUACGGAUGCUUGGCCGCAACCUGCGGAAUGGCCACGGUAGGAUCGUACAUCCACUUGUCCGGUCUGUGGCAGGCGGGUCUCCUGAGCGGUCUGAUCUCGCUCGGACUCGUUCUGGGACUUCUCUUCACACCGGACAAUGGCAAGAACCUGCCCCAGCGAUUCGGUAUGUUGAUGGGAAUCGGAAUGUUCACCGGCCACUCGCUGGGACUGUUGCUCCAGUACGUCAUCUACCUGAACCCGGCCAUCGUUGUAACGGCCCUGGUCGGCACGGUCACCAUCUUCAGCUGUCUUACGGCGGCCGCUUUCUUCGCAAAGCGCGGUAGCUACCUCUACCUCGGUGGAAUGCUGAUGAGCGCCCUGAGCAUGAUGGCAUUGAUGAACCUGGGCAACCUGUUCUUCCGCUCCUACUUCGUCCAUGAUAUUAAUCUAUAUCUGGGAUUGUUGGUAAUGUCCGGCUUUAUUUUGUUCGACACUCAAAUGAUCAUGGAGAAGCAUCAUAUGGGUAGCAACGACUUUAUUGGCCACUCACUGGACUUGUUCUACGAUGUGAUCAACGUUUUCCGUCGUCUCUUGAUGAUUUUGGCCCAGAAGGAAGAGAACAACGAACGCAGAAAGCGAAAAAAUAAUUAAACACUAACCUGCACCGAUACGAAGAGAAUUCUGUCACAUUACUUUCCAUUUAAUUUCAUGCCAAAUUGCACUACACGUACUACUGGUGGGGUUUUAAUUUAAAAGCGGAACGGCUUCGUUAGGAUAAUAUAUUCCUCUUCUGCCCAUUCCUCAAGCUAAAUAGGAUUUUGCAUGGCGAAAAGGAAUUAAAUAAUUUAAUGAACAACUCGGCAUUUGAGGUAAAUAUUCUUGUGUCUUUACAACAACGAAAGCAAAUCUGUCUAUUGAAAUGCACGAUUGAACGCAAUGAAUUACUCUUGAAGUUAAGCUUUCACUGAGUAGAGAAAGGCGAAGGGCACCAUUUCUUUUGUCUCAUUUGGUUUUCCUUCACCGGAAGUGUAUCUACACUCACCUUUCGUGUCUGGAGCAAGGGAGAUUUCGGAGAGCAAAAAUGGGAACCUUUCCGCGUGGUCGUCUUUGAUGUUUGCAGUCGUUUGAAUUCUAGCCAGUAAGUGCAUGUUGUUUAAUGGAAACCUCAAGAUGGAAUAAAUAAAGUCGUCUAUUCAUUUA